AUUGCUCCCGGCCCGGCCCCCUCCCUCCUCACGACUCCCUCCUGCUCCUGCACGCACCACCACACCAACGGCCGCCGCAGGCCGCAGCCACUGCUCUCUCUCAACCGCCGACCCGCGUCUCUCCAACAACCCGGCCGCCGCUACCGCCACCCGCACGUUCAACUACCAGCCGCGCGCGAGGGGCCGCCGGUCGAUCGGGAGCAGCAGACCAGAUCGCUACUGGGACCUGCUAGCUAGUAAUCGCUCGCUGCGCGUCCCGUCGCAUCGCCAUGACCCCAGCCACCGUCGCGUCGGAGGCGCCCGCGCCGGCUCCGGGCCUCGCGGCGUCCUCCACCGGCACCGGGACCGCGUCGCGCGUGGAGGUUUCGGCGACCGCCACCGAGUCGGCGGGCAACGGCAGCGGCGGGGCGGAGCGCCGGUCCCGCUUCCGGCGGAUCUGCGUCUACUGCGGCAGCGCCAAGGGGAAGAAGCCCAGCUACCAGGACGCGGCCAUCCAACUCGGCAACCAGCUGGUGGAGCGGGGCAUAGACCUGGUCUACGGCGGGGGCUCCAUCGGCCUCAUGGGAUCGGUCUCCCACGCAGUUCACGCCGGAGGUCGCCAUGUCAUGGGGAUCAUUCCAAAAUCACUGAUGCCCAGAGAGGUAACUGGAGAACCUGUUGGCGAAGUUAGAGCCGUUUCUGGCAUGCACGAGAGGAAGGCUGAGAUGGCUCGGUUUGCCGAUGCUUUUGUUGCCUUACCAGGUGGCUAUGGAACUCUGGAGGAGUUGCUUGAGAUCAUUACUUGGGCGCAACUGGGGAUCCACAAGAAGCCGGUUGGCCUUUUGAACGUUGACGGAUUCUAUGACCCUCUUCUGUCUUUCAUCGACUUGGCUGUCAACGAAGGUUUCAUCACGGAGGCAGCGAGGCGCAUCAUCAUCUCAGCCCCAACAGCCAAGGAGCUAGUUAUGAAGCUGGAGGACUAUGUCCCGGAGUAUGACAUCGGCUUGGUCUGGGAGGAGCAGAAGCCCAACAGCUUGGUCCCUGAGCUGGAGUCUGGGAUCACCUCAUCCUGAUGAUCCAUCUCACCUUCCAGCCUCAUCCUGCAUCUGCAGCAGCUGCAUCAUCAUAUCUUAGUGUCACAUACAUAUAUACAUAUAUAUUAUAUAUAUAACUAACCGUAGCCUGCCACAAAUAUUUUGUUCAUCUGCUAAGUCCUAACCAAAGGGUAAUUCUUGGAAGGAAUGAAGGGGACACUACACCAGUGUGUUGUGCUGGUGACCUCUAUUAAUUCUAUGUGCUGGCGUUUUGGUGGCGUAGCAUAGCAUGAUUAUUAGCAUCAGUCCAGUGCCGUAGAUCUUGCUUUUUCUAGAAUGAUGGGUAGUACGUAUUAGCAAGCAGUCCAGUCACCUGUGCUGUAGAAAUAUCUUAUUUUGAUCCUGGAAGAAAUAUAUAUAGUAUAUACAUUAUAUUAUUCCAAGCUAUA